CAUAAAGAACGCCAAACUCCAAAGAUUGGGAACAACACGCCAGAUGCUAAUAAGCCAUUACGCGAUUGCAAACCCAUCGUUAUCCAUUGAAGAUAAGAUCCCAACUCCCAAUUCGUCUACAUUACGUGUAAUCCACCAAAUCUUCACUUUCAUUUCCUACCCUCCUCCUCCGCCUUCUCCAUAUUUAUCUCAAUCCCAAUUCCCCCUUUUGCUCUUUUUCUGUUUUCUCUCUAUCCAAACAGAAAUUUGAGUUAAAAGUGAGCAGGAACUAUCUGGGUUACAACCAAAAAGGGGUUUUUUAGUUCAAUCUUCCAUUUGGGUUUUCACCGUUUGGUGUUUUUGUGCUGUGGGUUGAAUGAUUUCAUCAAGAAACAAACAAAGUUUUGGUUAUCACAUCUAUCCACUUGCUGUGUUUGUUGUUGACGGGUUUUAGACUGGCUUUCCAAUCCAAUCAUAGUCCCCCCCUUUUAUUUAUUUAUCCAUUGCCCUCGACUCUUUCAACAAAAGCGUUGUUGGGUUUUCUUUUUCUUUGAGAGGAUUUUGUGUUUUUCAUAGAAGAAUUAUGAUGCAACGACACCAGCGAGACGGGGGGGAGUCGAGUGUUUUCUACGAGCUUUCUUCUCUUGUUAUGAAUAUUCUCCGAUCUCCUCCGCCGUCGAUUCCGUUUCCCGAUCAUUCGCCGGUGGUUUCAACCGCCUCAUCGUCGCGACGGACGAUUCCAGCGCAGAUAACUCCGGCGGGGUUUGCGUCGCUACUUUUAGGAAUUUCUCUGGCUCUGAUGCUCUGUGGAUCAGUUACCUUCUUCAUCGGCUUCAUGAUGAUGCCUUGGGUUAUUGGAUUGAUUAUGUUUUUCUAUGUCGCCGCGGUGGUUUCCUGUCUCUCCAUGAUCGGACGCUCGAUUAUCUGCUACGCCACGGCUCCGCCUAGAAAGGAUAUUCCAGCUUGGAAACUAAUGUGAAGAGGUAGAUGAUGAUGGAAAAUGGAAACAAGCAAAUGUUGUUUACGUGGCAGUGGGCUGCUCUAUUUCCUUGGUUCUGCCUCCCUGGGUGGCUUUCUUCUCGACUCGACGAGGAAGAAGUGUUUGUUAAUAUUAUAUUUUCAUACCAUACUGGAUCCUGUUGAUAUUGUUUCUGUUAAAUAGAAGGGAGCAAAAUGUUGGAAGGUUUAAGAAUAUGAUAAAGAAAUGCAAGAAGUGGGGGACUUAGUUCCAUUUCAUUUCCUCCUCUUACCCUUAGGCCAUCAUCCAUACCUUUGAGGUAAAUCUGUAUUGAUUAGAGAAGUAAAUUAGCUGGUUAGGUUCUCAAAUAUGAAUUCAAGAAGUAUGUUCCCCUCCCCCGUAUUGCCUUUUCCUUUUCAAGAUUUUCUUCAAAAACAUUACUAAAGGUUCUAGAACGGCGUUUGAUGAAAAAACUUUAAGAGAACAUGUGGAGAUGUUACGUUUCUCUUUUCUAAUAGAAAUAGAGUUGUCAAAAA